CCAGACACUCUAGAGAUGUCAGAGCCCAGCCAGACAAGCCGGCCAAGCACUGUUUGUACAGAAAAAUCAGAAAUGGCUUCAGUUAUUCCAACAGAGGCCAUAGACAUCCAUAACGACUUGGUGUUUUAUCUUGGAACACAGAUUGAGGAGACCAAAUUAUGUCAACUUAAGAACCUGUUAAAAAAUAAUCCAUUAACCCCAGUCGACAUUGCUUCAAUUAAAAACAUCUAUGACCUAUUCGACAAUCUUAUGAGAUACAAAACAAUAGCUGUGGGAGACUACACACAAUUUGUACGGAAACUUGAACUUACAAAUCCUGACCUGGUGGGAUAUGUGAACGAGAAAGAAAAUGCAAUAAAAAGCAUUGUUGAUGGAGAUCCGGCUACUAGGAUUGCUACAACAUCAGACACAAGCCGAGACAAAAAAAUCCAUCCUGACUUAGAACCCAUGAUAGAAAGAACCAAAGCCAAAAUCAUAACAGAAAAAAGGGACAACAAAUUCCACCCCACCAAAGGUUUCUGUGAUGCUAAAGAAAAGCUCCUAAAUAACAGGGUUGUUGUCAUCAAAGGAAAUACAGGAGAUGGUAAAACAGCGAUCGCCGUUCAACUCCUUCAUUGGCUGAGUGAGGAGCAGAAAGCCGGACAACCCCUACAACUUCACGAGAUUAAGAAAUUAGAUUUAUUGGCUCCAAACUUGAAACUGAUCACUUUUAUUGAUGAUAUUUUCGGUGAGAAAGAUGUAUGUAAAACAGAUGUAGACGAGUGGAACAAAAGAAUCUUAGAUGUAAAAACACUUUUUGUAGAUAAACAAGCCCAGACCAAUUUUCUCAUCAUUACUAUUCGUAAUGAAGUAUUCAAUUCUUUGGAAAAACGUUCUCUUGGAACAAUUUUAACCGAAGAUAACAUUAUUGAUCUGAGUUCACAAACAUACAAACUUGCAGAAGAAAAAAAAGAACUUUUAGAGCUGUAUAAGCCAAAAAACUUUUCAUGGACAGACGAAGAAAAAACACAAAUUUCAACUUAUGCACCGAACAUUGGAUUCCCACAAUGUUGCAAGCUUUUCUACAAUUCUGAAGAAUUGCAGAAAGAACGAGUUAAUUUUUUUGAAAAUCCUUUUCAUUUCUUGAAUGAAGCAUUGUUAAGAUUACAAGAAUGUUCUGCACUUUUGUACCUCUUCCUUAAUGGUGGAAUGAUAAGGGUCCAAGAUCUGGAUCCAAACAGUGAAAACGUCAAUAAAAUAUUGCUGGAACAAGCAUUUUCAAUAAAGUUGAUUGGUGGUAAAAAUCACACAGCCACUCCGUUCUGUAACAAAAUUAGAAAAAUGGGAUUUAUAAAGGACAGUUUCGAUGAAUUAUUAGGCUUUUUGGUAAAGAAGGAGAAAUUUUGGUCUAUUGAUCAUGAGGACGUGUACAGAUUUAAUCAUCAUUCUAUUUAUGUUGCUGUGGCACUUUUGUAUGGAAAAGUCACACCGAUUGGCUAUAUACAGAAUUGUCCCAGCCAAUCCCUCAGUUAUCUAACAACCUCAAAAACAGCUACAAACAUGAUUGUCAUAGCAUCUGAUCAGUAUACAAAAAUGUGUGAGCGUCUACUCCGAGAGUUUGAAUGUAAGGAGUAUCCAUAUGAUACUUGUAUUGGCUCUCUAGAUGUAUGGAAUGAUCCUGUAUUUGUUAAAAGAUUUGUCAGGUUGUUGAAUGACAGAAAAGUUGAUGAACUUGCUGUGCUGAAUAAAGCAUGUCAUUGUGGUGCAAAAGAAUGUGUUUUAUAUCUUCUGUCAAAAGGUGUAAAACCUGACAAGGACACAGCAUUGUCAUUGGUUACUAGUAGACAUUGGAUUGAUAGUAACAGACAAGUGUGUUUACUUAGGAAAAUUGGUGUAUACUUGAAUGAUGAGUCAAAAGUUGAUGUGUUGAAUGAAGCAUGUGAUUCUCGUGCAGAAGAAUGUGCUUUAUAUCUUCUGUGUGAGGGAGUAGAACCUGACGAGGAGGCAGUGAUUAGUGUGGUGGAGGGACAGAGUGUGAAACUGUUACGUAAACUACUGGAGUAUGACGUCACUCCUACGGCGAGGAAUACGUACAAUGAGAAUGUCCUUCAUGUGGCGUGUUGGCGUGUUAGAGAAGAGAUGGUGACGUUGUUACAAGACAAGUACCCACACUUGGUACAUGACACUGAUAGGUUAGGACGAACGCCGCUCCAUGUUGUGGCACGGAGUGGAAACUUUUCUAGGUUUCAGACACUGGAGAGGUGUGUACUUAACUCCUUAUAUAGAGUUGACGACCAACAACACAAGUGUGAGUCGGUAAAUGGUCGUGUGGUUCAUAGGAACUGUGUGUGUGCUCAGUACAUGGCUCAGUUAGUGGAUAAUAACGGGGGAACGGUGUUACAUUAUAGUUGUGGGGGGAGUGGUCAGAGGGAGAUUUAUUUAUAUCUAUGUCAGUCGUACCCAGCACUAACUACAGUUGUAGAUAAUGCCGGGAGUACGGUGUUACAUUAUAGUUGUUGGGGGGGUAACAGGAAGGUUUGUUCAGAUUUAUGUCGGUUGUGCCCAGCACUAACUACAGCUGUAGAUAAUGACGGCCGCCAUUGUCUACAUUACUUAGCUAGGGAACCAACAGAUGUAGAAAGGUUCACCGAGUGUGAAUCUCAUGUUAAACAAUACCUAGAGUCUACAGGACGUAAGUAUGACAUCACAACCAUACUUAACAAUAAAGGGGAAUCUGUUUUAGACCUAGCAAAGCGAAGGGCGUCGUUCUGGGCGAAGUACCGGCCCUGGAGGACAGAAAACAACCCUUUGUUAGAUCAUCUUAUUAAAGUGUUUGGUAAAUAGAUAUGAUAAUGAUUUCCCAAUAAAAUGUACAGUUAUUAUCAACACAAACCUUUUAAAACAAUCAUGUGCAAAGGUCAUGUCAAGAUGAAUUGUUUAAACGAAGACAUUUUAUCAGUUUUGAUUUUUUUUUUGUCCAAAGUUUACCGAUCUCCACGCUCCGUAAAAUGGCCAGGGUGUCCUCUAGGAGGUCCGAAUGAUGUCUAUUUCUUUGGGAAACACUAAAGACCUGAGAGGAUCAGGUUUUAGACCAGAGUUGAUGAAAUAAAACUGAUGUUUUAUGAUCGGUCAUGAUUGUGGUGUUAUAGAUUGUUUUAAAUGUUAUUGAAGUAUUGCAUACAUAAUGUCCAUACUUGCCAACUUUCUCUAUUUUAGGAGGGAGUUUCGAUUUUGGGCUCUAAAGUUUAGCAUUUUCAACCAAUGAAUUUGCUAAACUAUUCCUAUUUACAAAGAUCUGAUGACUUCAUCUGAAAGAACAGGUCAGAAGAUGCCAUUCAAAAGUAUUAUUUAUUCUCUAUGGUGUACAUACACUCAUUUUAUUUAUGCUUUUAAUUCUGAGAAUGUGUAAUCUCCUCCACUGAAAUUUUAAAAAGUUGGCAAGUAUGAAUGUUAAGUCCUGUGGAUGAAUGAAACCUAAACAGCAGUUAACUUGGAUACAUUGUAGAUAAAUUGGAACGAUAUUGAGGAUAUCCAUCGCUAUUCAUUUGAUGAUUAAACAUGUCUAGAGUAUAAAUUUUACAGUAAAUUACACAGUUCACCAGUAGAGACUUGUAAACCUCAUCAUUUCAAAUAUUAUCAAAACAUUUUUUUAUUGUAAUUUUUUUAUAGAUUGUUCAAUUUGUUGACAUUUAAUUAUCUAAACUAAUUUAUUUAUACUAGAAUUUAUCCUCAUUUUUUUGUGAAGUCUAAGAUUUAUUGGAUGGUAAACUUAUAUAUUUUUUUUUUCAAUUCAAUUAGUUCAAAAAAGGAAAUUUAACUGGUACAAGGAUGUCUCCUUCAGGCUUCGGCAGAGGGGAAAAAUUGCCAGGAGUCCUGGCCUCACAAAUGACAAAACAGACUUUGUCAGGAGUGAAAUAUAUGACUUUUUUCAGAUAUAAAUUCACAUUUAGCAAGAUAAAAAGUCCAUUAAGCAAAACUGCAUAUUAUGCACGUUUCUUAAUACGAUAUAAAUUCUAACGUUUCCUUGGCGAACUUCCAGUAUUUUUUAGUAGUGUAAAGACGACAUACGUCUUAAAAUAUCUUCGUGUAGAGUCCCACAUACCGGUAAUACCUGUAUGUUUUCUAGUGUAUUUCCAACCAAAAUUUAUGGAAUAGAUUUCUUUCAUACACCCUUAUCAUAUUAUAUAGUCUAGAAUAAUAUCAUUUCCGCAACAUAUAUAACCAAUUGUUUUUUCUCCAUGCUUUGAUAACAAAUAUGAUCACUUGUGCUGGUAAUUGUUAUUUUUUAUGCAAUAGUAAAGUUGAAUAUAUACCCAGUAAGAUACAUUUGAAUUUUUUGACUAAUAUCCGAUGACUUCUAAUUCUAUCAUCUGUAGAGGUUGUGGAGGGGAUGUAGCAUUGGUUUUGGUCGACUACUUGAGUAAUUCGUACAUAAAGUCACAUUUUGUCAUUUCUCUAGUAAGUUCACCUCUAAAGGAUCUUGAUCAAAUCCCAGACAUUAUACUCGGUAGGUUAGAGUGACAGAAUAAUGAUCACGAGUCCUGGGUUGGAUCCGUAUAUAAUUGUUGUGAGAAUAGAAUUUACCCGGUAUAUUUCACAAUGUCAUUGUUCAACAACAAUUGUAGAAUUCAGCUUGAUUUUUCACAUAAAAAUAUUCACUUGUUUUGGAAUUUAUUAUUUUCCUUGCAUAUUCUUGAAAAAAAAUGUAAUACCUUUCCAUGGCCAUUUAGAAAGAAAGAGAUUUUGUGGUUGUGUUUCUGCAGUAUUUAAUAAUUGUCUGUAUCCUGUAUAUAACAAUAUAGUGUUACCUUGGAUAUUCUGUAUAUAACAAUAUACUGUUACCUUGGAAACCUAAGUUUAUCAGUCUGAACAAUGAGACAGAUAUAAUAUGUGUAUGUAUUUAAGAAUUAAAUAUACUUUACAUGUAACACGAUUCUGUAUAAAGUGAAAAGAAUGUUUUGUGCUUACAUGAUGUAGAAUGUUUCUUCAGGAAUGUGUACAUCAAUUUAAAUAUUCUAGUAUAAUGUAUAUAUGGAAAUCGCAUUAUAAUACUAAAUAGAGAAAACAGGUUGUAUGUCUGAAUGAGAGAUGAUAAUAGUAUGGUCGUGAAAUAUAAAUUUUACUGAAAUAUAUUUGUAUUGUGUACACACAUUUAUAUUUAUGUACUUUGUGAAAACAAUUACA